AUGGCGGUGGGGUUGUUCGUCGCGCUCAUGUGCAUCUGCAUCAUCGUCGGCCACCUCCUCGAGGAGAAUCGCUGGAUGAACGAGUCCACCACCGCGCUCUUGCUUGGGCUGGGCGCCGGCACGGUCAUCCUCUUCGCGUCCAGCGGGAAAAACUCGCGCUUAAUGGUCUUCAGCGAGGAUUUGUUCUUCAUCUAUCUGCUCCCACCCAUCAUUUUCAAUGCAGGGUUCCAAGUGAAGAAGAAACAAUUCUUCCGCAACUUCAUGACUAUUACAUUGUUUGCUGUAGUUGGGACCUUGAUCUCCUUCAGUAUAAUAUCCCUUGGUGCGAUGGGGCUAAUAUCAAGGCUGAACAUAGGCUCCCUUGAGCUUGGAGACUACCUCGCACUUGGGGCAAUAUUCUCGGCAACGGACUCUGUUUGCACCUUGCAGGUGUUAAACCAAGAUGAGACACCCUUCUUGUACAGUUUGGUGUUUGGUGAAGGUGUUGUUAAUGAUGCGACAUCAGUUGUGUUGUUCAAUGCAAUCCAGAACUUUGAUCUUGGAAAUUUCAGUAGCCUCAAAUUCUUACAGUUCAUUGGAAAUUUCCUCUAUCUAUUCGGCGCCAGCACCUUUCUUGGAGUAGCUAGUGGACUUCUCAGUGCUUAUGUCAUCAAGAAACUGUACUUUGGCAGGCACUCCACUGAUCGUGAAGUUGCUAUUAUGAUGCUCAUGGCUUAUUUAUCUUACAUGCUGGCUGAAUUGCUUGAUUUGAGUGGUAUUCUCACGGUUUUCUUCUGUGGUAUUGUAAUGUCACACUAUACCUGGCACAAUGUAACAGAGAGUUCCAGGGUCACAACCAAGCAUGCCUUCGCCACGUUGUCAUUCAUCUCUGAGACGUUUCUCUUUCUCUAUGUUGGCAUGGAUGCAUUGGAUAUAGAGAAGUGGAAGAUUGUUAGUGAAACAUAUAGCCCAAUGAAAUCUAUUGGCUUGAGCUCCAUUAUUGUGGCGUUGGUACUGGUUGCAAGAGCUGCAUUUGUUUUCCCACUAUCUUAUCUCUCCAAUUUGACCAAAACAACUCCAGGGGAGAAGAUCUCUAUUAGGCAGCAAGUUAUUAUUUGGUGGGCGGGUCUCAUGAGAGGUGCCGUGUCAAUUGCAUUGGCCUACAAUAAGGGUGUGCGUGCCCGUGUAGCUGGUCUAUUUGCAAAUGAAACUGCUCCAGGAAAAGGCUGGAUUUUUGCUUAUUUUGCAAAAUCAGGGCACACUCAGCUCCCUAGCAAUGCUAUCAUGAUCACCAGUACAAUAAUUAUUGUUCUUUUCAGCACAAUUGUCUUUGGGCUACUGACUAAGCCAUUGAUCAGACUCCUGAUUCCAGCGAGGCACCUCACUAGGGAAGUGAGUGCCCUUUCUGAGCCAUCCAGCCCGAAGUCCUUCCUUGAACAGCUGCCCGGGAAUGGGCCUGAGACGGAUCUCGAGAAUGCUGUGAGCAUACGCCGCCCGACGAGUCUCCGGAUGCUCCUGGCGAGUCCAACACGGUCAGUCCACCACUACUGGCGCAAGUUUGACAACGCCUUCAUGCGGCCGGUGUUCGGAGGUCGAGGCUUCGUCCCAUUUGUCCCUGGAUCUCCCACCGAAAGCAGUGUACCAUUACUAGCCCAUGGAAGUGAGAACUAG